CAAAGCUGCGAUGGCAUCUUCUGAAAUUAGCCUCAAGACCAAUAAUUUCAGAAGAUGCGAUCGCAGUUUUUUCUUACUUUGAUUAAAGCCAAGAUGCCAUCGUAGUUAAUUUAGCGAAUUAAGUAAACCGAAGUAAAAUAGAAUCCGUUGCGAUUGCUGCUUCAUUUUCGCUCUCUUCCAUUUCCCAGAAGAAAAAUGGCGUUUUGGUGGCCUUUGCUGGUUCUUGCAUUAGCUUACGCCAUUUGUAGAUUCCUUUUCAUGCUAAUUCCCCACAAUGUUCCCUCCAUCGACGUCGAUGACUCAGACGUGUUGGAGGAUGGGAGUCAGAUGCAGGAGAACGGCUUCAUAUAUGUUCCGCCGAGGGGAAGGACGCAGCAGGCAGAUCCGAAAGUUCAGUGCUAUGAGCCCGCGACAAUGAAAUACUUGGGAUAUUUCCCUGCAUUAACACCUGCAGAGGUGGAGGAGCGUGUGGCACAUGCAAGGAAGGCACAGAAAGUCUGGGCAAAGAGCAGCUUCAAGCAAAGGCGCCAGUUUUUGCGGAUACUUUUAAACUAUAUAAUUAAACACCAACAGCUCAUAUGCGAGGUAUCGUCACGUGAUACUGGAAAGACAAUGGUAGAUGCGUCUUUAGGCGAAAUAAUGACAACAUGUGAGAAGAUUACUUGGCUUCUUUCGGAGGGUGAGCGGUGGCUAAAGCCUGAAUACCGAUCUUCUGGACGAUCAAUGUUUUACAAGAAAUCCAAAGUGGAAUUUCACCCCCUUGGUGUUAUUGGUGCCAUAGUAUCUUGGAACUAUCCUUUCCAUAAUAUUUUUAAUCCAAUGCUAGCAGCUGUCUUUUCAGGAAAUAGCAUUGUGAUUAAGGUCUCAGAACAUGCGAGUUGGUCUGGAUGUUUCUAUUUCCAAAUUAUUCAAUCAGCCCUGGCUGCGGUUGGAGCUCCUGAAAAUUUGGUUGAAGUUAUUACAGGCUUUGCGGAAACCGGAGAAGCACUGGUGUCUUCUGUCGACAAAGUUAUAUUUGUUGGAUCGCCUGGUGUGGGUAAGAUGAUAAUGAGAAAUGCUGCAGAGACACUUAUUCCUGUUACACUUGAGCUUGGUGGAAAAGAUGCAUUUAUUGUGUGUGAAGAUGUAGAUGUGAAUCACGUUGCACACAUUGCUGUUAGAGCUGCUCUUCAAUCUAGUGGACAAAAUUGUGCUGGUGCUGAGAGGUUUUAUGUCCAUAGGGAAAUUUAUUCUUCAUUUGUCAGUGAAGUGGCCAAAAUUGUUAAGUCCGUUUCGGCUGGCCCACCCCUUGCUGGUAAGUAUGAUAUGGGAGGCAUAUGUUUGCAAGAGCACUCUGAAAAGCUUGAAAGCCUUGUCAAUGAUGCCUUAGAGAAAGGAGCUGAAAUUUUUGCUCGUGGAAGCUUUGGUAAUAUAAGUGAAGGUGCAGUGGAUCAGUUUUUUCUUCCCACCGUGAUAGUAAAAGUAAAUCAUACAAUGAAGUUGAUGCAAGAGGAGGCUUUUGGACCAAUCAUGCCUAUAAUGAAAUUUAGCACGGAUGAAGAAGCUGUGAUGCUUGCAAACGACUCAAAAUAUGGACUUGGCUGUGCUGUUUUCUCUGGAAGUCAAGGCCGUGCCAGAGAGAUAGCUUCACAGAUCCAUUGUGGAGUUGCUGCAAUUAAUGACUUUGCAUCUAAUUACAUGUGUCAGUCCCUUCCAUUUGGUGGUGUGAAACACAGUGGAUUUGGUCGCUUUGCUGGUGCUGAAGGGUUACGAGCUUGCUGUCUUGUAAAAUCAGUUGUUGAGGAUAGAUGGUGGCCUUUUAUAAAAACAAAGAUACCUAAGCCUAUACAGUAUCCCAUUGCGGAGAAUGGUUUUGAGUUUCAGGAGUCACUCGUUGAAGCCCUCUAUGGCCUUAAUAUAUGGGACCGCCUGCGAGCACUGGUCAAUGUUUUGAAGAUCCUCAAAGAGAAAAACCAUCCUUCCAAUGUAUGGGACUGCCUGCAAGCACUGGGCAAUGUUUUGAAGAUCCUCAAAGAGAAAAACUAUCCUUCCAAUGGAACUAAAAGAAACGACUGAGCACGAUGCAUGAGAAUCGCUAACACUGCCCUUCCACCUUGGGUUUACCGCAUUAUGAUUGUGGACAUUCAAGGUUUCGAAUUAUCAUAAUUUUGGGCCUUUUCUUCUUGUUUAGUCACGAGAUUGGUGGUAUGUUUCCCUAAUUUGUCUUGCUCAUGGCUUCUUAAGCUCUGCUGAUACUCCUGGAGGUCCCCUUGUUUUUGUUGGAUCAGUACUGGACUGGGUUAGGUUGAAUUAGAUAACUGGUAUCAUAGUCUUAAUUUUGAUGGUGUGACGAGUAUAAUCUUAACAAUCUAA